AUUGAUCGCAACGGAUCGUAGAGAAUUAUUCAACUGAAGGUUAUUUUUAAGGUGUUAAUGAACAAGUAGAUUAAAUUUUAUAGAAUGAACAAUAUAUUAAAGAUUGUUGGCUGUGCUUUAUUCUUUUCGUACAUUUUUGCUGCUCCACCAGAAAAACUGUCUAAAACUGAUAGUUUUAAAUUAACUAUUUUACACAACAAUGAUAUGCAUGCUCGAUUUGAACAAACAAAUGCUCUCAGUAAUAGAUGCAAGGAAGAUGACCAAAAAAACAAUAAAUGUUAUGGAGGAUUCGCGAGAGUCGCACAUCUAGUUAGAAAAUUCCGCACAAAAGCACAAAAUGGAGAAAUUCCACCGGUUUUAUAUUUGAACGCAGGCGAUACAUAUACUGGGACUCCAUGGUUUUCAAUUUUCAAAGAUAAUAUAACUGCUGCUUUCCUAGACCUUUUAGAACCGGAUGCAAUUUCACUGGGAAAUCAUGAGUUUGAUGAGGGAACUGAAAAUCUAGCAAAAUUUUUAAAUGAAAUAAGCUUUCCCGUAUUAGCUGCAAACUUAAUUUUGGACAAAGAACCACAAUUGAAAAACGAACACAUUAAGCCUUCGUACGUUUUCACAAUUAAAGAUACAAAAGUUGGAAUCAUUGGCUAUUUAACACCAGAAACCAAAGAAGUUGCAAGUCCAAAUAAUGUCGAAUUUAUUGAUGAAAUUGAAGCCAUAAAUAACGAAGCCGCUGAACUGACAAGAGAAGGAGUAAAAAUUAUAAUUGCUUUAGGUCAUAGUGGAAUUGAGCGCGAUAAACAAAUUGCACAAGCAUGCCCAGAAGUUGAUUUAGUCAUUGGUGGUCACUCACAUACAUUUUUGUAUACUGGUAAUCCUCCCGAUAGUGAUAAACCAUAUGAUGUGUAUCCUGUAAUUAUGAUUCAAUCUAAUGGAAAGAAAGUUCCUGUUGUUCAAAGUUUUGCUUAUACAAAAUAUUUAGGAAAAUUGCAUUUGGAGUUCGACACUAAUGGAAAUUUACUUGAAAUAGACGGAGAACCUAUCAUAUUAGAUGGAAACAUUGAACGUGAAAAAGAUGUGCUUGAAUUGUUGGAAAUUUAUCGCCCUGCUGUUUUAGAACUACAGAAUGAAAUAGCUGGAAAAACAAAAGUUCAUUUAGAUGGAUCAUGUCGUCGUCGAGAAUGUAACUUAGGAAACCUUAUAGCAGAUUCUAUGGUUCAUUGGAAUGCACUUAAAUACAAUGGUGAAGGGUGGACGGAUGCUGCAAUUGGUAUUAUUCAAGGCGGUGGUAUUCGUGCAUCAAUUGAAAAAAAUAGCAUAGGCAUUUCAAUGGAAGAUUUGGCAACUGUUCUUCCAUUUGAGAGUAAAGUUGUAGUUAUAGAAGUGUCUGGAGAAAAUUUAUUGUUAGCACUCGAACAUUCUGUGCAUCGGUACACUGAUGGAGAAGAACAUGGUGAAUUUUUACAAUUUUCUGGAAUGUAUGUUGAGUACGAUAUGAAUUUACCAACUGGACAAAGAGUUGCAAAUGUAAAAAUAAUAUGUGCUUACUGUGAAGUUCCAAAGUUGGAAAAUAUUGAUUUAAAAACCAAUUAUCGCAUUAUAUUGCAAGAUUUUCUUGCCAAUGGUGGAGAUGGAUAUACGAUGUUUAAAGAUUCUCAAGUUCAAGAAUCAGAAACUUUAGAUAUUGAAGUUUUAAAAGAUUUUAUAAGAAAAAAGUCACCAAUUUAUCCAUCGAUUGAAUGGAGAAUUUUAAUAACUGAAUAUGUCGAUUCUUCAGAUGAUAUACUCGGAUAUACAAGGGUUUAUUUAGACAGUAAUUGUUACAGAUCAGAAUGUAAUUUAGGAAAUUUUGUCACAGAUGCUUUAGUUGAUUGGUAUUCAACACAUCAUAAUGCAACAAGUGGGUGGACUGAUGCCUCUGUUGCGUUAAUUCCAGCCAAUAAUAUUAAACACUCGAUUGACAACAAAGUGAACAAUGGAAUAAUUACAAGAAAAGAUGCCAUGGAUAUAUUACCACAAAACAAUAAGAUUGCCCUUGCAAAAUUAACUGGCAGGAUAUUAUUAGAAAUUCUGGAAUAUAAUAUACAUAGAUAUGCACAAGGCGUUCAACCACCAGAAUUCUUACAAGUAUCAGGAUUGCAAAUAGUAUAUGACUUGAGUAAGUUAAUAGGUAAACGAGUGACAUCAGUAAAAGUAUUAUGUUCAUCAUGUACAGUACCUCAAUUGGAAGACAUAAAAUUAGAUAACAUUUAUAAUGUACUAUUACCUAAUAACAUCGCAACAGGAAGCUUAGGAUAUACAAUGGUUAAAAAUUUAAUAGUUGAAAUUUUCAACAACACUGAAGUUGACGCAAUUAUAAACUACAUAAAAAGAAAAUCUCCAAUUUAUCCUUCUGUUGAAUGGAGGCUUUCUUUUAAUAAUUUAGAUCCUAAUCAAAAUACUGUUGGUAACACACGAGUACAUUUAAGUGAUGAUUGCAUUUCACAAGAAUGCAAUUUUGGAAAUUUCAUUGCUGAUUUAAUGGUUGAUUGGUAUGCAAUGAAUUAUAAUGGAAAUGGGUGGACUGAUGCUCCCAUAGCCAUUUUUCAGGGUAGUAAGAUUCAGCAUUCGAUUAAUAUUGGUAACAUAACGAGGAGCGAUGUUGAAAAAGUUUUCAAUCCACCAAAUAACUUGCAGGUUUUAACGAUAAAAGGAAAAGAUUUAAUUAGUCUUCUAGAAUAUUCUGUUUCAAAUUAUGGUGAUUCAGAAUACAAUGACUUUCUUCAAGUUUCUGGAAUUCAUGUUGUUUUUAAUAUGAAUGAACCUUCAGGAAACAGAAUAACUGAUCUAAAAGUGAUUUGUAGUUUGUGUGAUAUUCCCGAGCUAAAGCAAGUUAAUGAAACUGCAGAAUAUAAAAUUCUAACCCAAAAUGAUUUAAUUGUAGAUAAAUACCAUGAUUCCAUUUCAAACAGUGAAAUUCAAAAUUUAAAUGAAACAGAUAUUAAUAUUUUCCUACAGUAUUUGAGAAAAAAGUCUCCGAUUUAUCCGGCGGUCGAAUGGCGAAUAACAAUUAUUAAAGACGAGGAAAACACGAGUUCUUCACCAAUGGAUACGACAACAUUAACAGCUUCAAAUUUACAUAUUUCUUUUAUUCUGAUUACAGUAUCAGCAUUAACGGUUUCUUUUUAUAAAUAAAUACUUUGUUUUAUAAACAUCCAUAAAAUAUUAUUGAUAUUUUCCUAAUAUGACGCAUGUUAUAAAUUUUUGAAAUCAAUAAAUAUUACAGUUCUUUUUUUAUAAUAAACGUUUUAUAUUUGAAA